CUCUCUCUCUCUCUCUCUCUCUCCCAUCCCAUGCUGCCCACCUUUUUCCAUUUUCCAUCUGUUUCAAUCCAAGCUAGCUACCUCCAUUUCGAUCAAAACCAUAACUUUCCCAACAAAAUCUGAACCACUCACAAAACCCAACUUGAAAUUAUGAUCAGCUCCGAUAACAAGUCCUUAGUUCACAGAACCCACACAACCCAAUCUCAUCAGCAAGAUGAACAACCCGACCAAUCAUCACAACCCACCAUUGAUUUUGAUCCUCAAAACAAUUGCAGGCCUCCCCAUACAAACCCAAUUCGCUAUUUGCUUCGCGAGCAGCGCCUCCUCUUCGUCCUCAUUGGCAUCGCCAUAGCCACCCUCUUCUUCAGCAGCUUCCCCUUAUCAAACCCGGAACUGGCGACGACCCACGACCCGGGUUUCGAAUCCGAGUCGGGUCUCGACCUCCCAGCCAACCCGACCCGGAGGGUGCUCUACGAGGCCCGGGGUGUUGGGUUUGGGUCUGUGAUGAGCGCAGGUGGGAAGGUGCCGCUGGGUCUGAAGAAGAAGAACCAGAGGAUUGUGGUGACCGGUGGGGCCGGGUUCGUGGGGAGCCACCUCGUGGACCGUCUGAUCGCGAGAGGGGACAGCGUGAUCGUACUGGAUAAUUUCUUUACGGGGAGGAAGGAGAACCUGGUGCACCACUUUGGGAACCCCAAGUUCGAGCUCAUUCGACACGACGUCGUUGAGCCGAUUCUGUUGGAGGUUGACCAGAUCUAUCACCUCGCUUGCCCUGCCUCCCCUGUUCAUUACAAGUUCAAUCCGGUCAAGACCAUCAAGACCAAUGUGGUGGGCACAUUGAACAUGCUGGGACUGGCAAAAAGAGUGGGUGCACGCUUCUUGCUCACAAGCACCAGUGAGGUGUAUGGUGACCCUUUGCAGCACCCUCAGGCUGAGUCCUACUGGGGCAAUGUCAACCCCAUCGGAGUAAGGAGCUGUUACGAUGAGGGAAAACGCACAGCAGAGACUCUCACCAUGGAUUACCAUAGAGGCCUUGGCAUUGAGGUGAGAAUUGCUCGGAUUUUCAAUACUUAUGGACCACGUAUGUGCAUCGAUGAUGGUCGUGUUGUUAGCAAUUUCGUAGCUCAGGCGCUAAGGAAGGAGCCAUUGACAGUUUACGGUGAUGGCAAGCAAACCAGAAGUUUCCAAUACGUUUCUGACUUGGUUGAGGGUCUAAUGCGGCUGAUGGAAGGAAAUCAUGUGGGCCCCUUCAAUCUUGGCAACCCUGGUGAAUUCACCAUGCUAGAACUUGCUCAGGUUGUACAAGACACUAUAGAUCCAAAUGCAAAGAUCGAGUUCAGGCCCAACACAGAAGACGACCCACAUAAAAGGAAGCCAGACAUUUCAAAGGCUAAGGAGCUUCUCGGGUGGGAGCCUAAUGUGUCCCUCCGCAAGGGCCUCCCUCUUAUGGUCGCCGACUUUAGACACCGUAUAUUUGGUGACCCAAGAGACAAUGAAGGAGGCUCUACAACCUUCGCUUGAUUUUCACGUACUGUUGAUGAGGAAAAGUAGGAAAAAAGAAGAAGAAAGAGAAAUAGAUGUGAAAAAUAAAGUUAGAAUAAAAAUUGAAAUUCUGAUUGUUAGCUUUAUAUCUGUGAUGUUUCUUGGUUACUCCUUAUAGGAAUAAAAUUUGGCAUGUGGGAUUUGCCAACGGAAGAUUAUUCUCAGAAUAGUAUAGUGAUAAUUUAUUUUGUACUUCUUCAAAUUUUCCAUAUACUAUAAAUUUUUUGUUAUUGAAAAAAAUAUUAAGCUUCUA